UGCUUCCGGUGUUGAUGACUAUUUUUGACAGUUUUUUGUUUUACAAACAUAUUUUGUUAACUUUUAUCAAAUGUUUACAUGAUUGUAAUAUAUUUUGUUUACCUCUAAACUAAAAAAGACGAACUAUUUUGCUCUAAUAUGGACCAUUUGUGAUGGAUCGUGCUACUAGAAAUGAACUUCUCAAAACAAUUGAAAGUCAAAAGGAGCAGAUUCAAAGAUAUGAAGGAAGACUUCGAGAUGUAGUAAGAGCUUACAAAGGCUUGGUGAAAGAAAAGGAAGCAUUAGAGGCCAGUAUCAAAGUCCUGUCUUCCAAGGGAAAUGCCUGUAAACCUGAUGAAAAGAAAGUGGACAGUGCCGAAGGUUCUGAAGAAAGCCAAAAAGAGGAAUUUGCAGACCCACUUAAUGCUAAUAGUACAGUAGAGAAUGAGAAUGAAGUGGAAACACUGAGAAACCAGCUACAGACUCUGUCUGAAUCACUGUCAAUUUUGACCCAGGAAAAGUCCAGACUGGAAGCCAACUUUGUGGCAGAUCACAAAAAGCUACGGCAAGAAAAUGAGGAGCUCCAAAAAGCAAUUGCAGAUCAGAAGGAGAGAGCGGAGAAGCAUGUUCAGGAACUAAAUUGUCAGAUUCAAGAGCUUAAAAAUAAAAUCCGAUGUCAGCAGCUGGAACGAGAGAAGGAACAGACAGAUCAUGUGGUCAUGUUGAGGGAGUUGCAAAAACUGGUUGCCAUGGAGAGGUCAGCAAAGGAACAGCUUGAGCAACAGCUGGAUGAAGCUCAGGCUACCCUUAAGGAGAAAGACAGUGUCCCUGAUAUUUCUGAAGAGUAUCAGAGGAAGAUACGGAACUUGUCAAAUGAACUGACUGUACUACGAGACAAAAUGAAAGCAGCUGACCAGAAGUCGAACCAGCCAUCUCCUCUACUGUUAGAAUUACAAAACGAAAUGGCACAAAUAAAAGCUCAACACCGGACACAAGUGCAACACGAACAGAAACGGGCCCGAGAAGCUGAGGAUAAACUUCAGUCUUGUUCCCAGAGUGCCGAGGACAGGAUUUCAAGCCUGGAGUCGAAGCUGUCAGAACUGUCCGACGUUGUUGGCAAUUACGAGCGACUCCGCUUCCAGGACCAGCAGGCUAUCCACCAACUCCGAGAACGUGUCACACAGCUCGACAUGGAGAACACAGCACUCGCGCGAGCUGCAAACUCGCCGACCCAUUCCAAGGUGGAAUACAGUAAUCUGGAUGCUCAAGGGUUGGCCGAUCAGAUCCUACAGCUGAAGGCUUUCUUGAGGAAAGCCAACCAGAGAUCAGAGAAACCAAUUAGCAUUGAAGACAUUCUCCGAGAUGAAGACGAUGACAAGGCAGACGAGGAGAAUCCUCUGUGUAAGAAGUACAAACAGGAACUGGAGCACGUGCGUGAGGAGUUUGAGAGGUACAAGCUGCGCGCACAGUCUGUGUUGAAAAACAAAAACAACAAGGACAGCACUUCUUCAAGGGAAGUUGACUUUCUGAAGGACCAGAUUGCCGACCUGCGGGAGAGACUGAAGUUGACGUGCUUGAACCACGAGGAGGAAAUGGAACAGAGCAAGCUGAAGGUGGAACAACUCACCAAGACGAUCAUCUCUCUACAGGAGAAACACAAGCAGGAAUUGGCCUCCCUCGACGCUGGGCACCAGAAGAAUAUUAAUGAGCUACAGCUUGAAGUGAGAAAACAGAGGGAGAGAACCGUGUCCAUGCUCGCAGAGAAAGAUCAAGAAAUUCAGUCACUACGACCCUCUUGUGGCCAAAAGCUUAAUCCAGAUUACCUGGAUGGGUAUACCAGUUCAUUCCAUGAUCGAGAGAAUCCCGAAUAUGUGAAUCAGCAUUCACAGGAAGAAGAAGCAGUCUCCAAGUUGCUGGAUAUGCCAUCAAGUAUUCAGGGGGAAUCAACGAUAUUGUAUUUUGCUCAAGAGCAGGCGAGAAAAAAUGUGGAAAUAAAUGGACUCCGUAAGCAGAAGCGACAGAUGGAAAGCGAUCUUAGAGAGCUUCAGCACACAUCCAGCAUGAAGGAGGAAAGAUUGACGGACGACUGUGAACGACUAAGGGAAGAAGUUAGGAAACUUGAACGGGACAAAUCGAGAGAAGGGGCCAACCUCGAAUAUUUAAAAAAUGUGGUGUUCCAAUUUUUAAUGAGCACGGACGUGCAGGGCAAACAGCAGAUGUUAAAUGCAAUUACGACUAUUCUUCAGUUUAGUCCCAAAGAGAAGGAAAAAGUUUGUGUUGGUAGGGGGUGGAUGAGAUGAACUGAGAAUAUGUUUGACACAUAUAUGUGAUAGUGAUACUCUACAUCAUGGUGUGUGGUACUAAAGAAAUGCACAGGAUGAAUAUGACCUGGUAGUAUGGCAUCAGAAGGUGAAAGCAGGGAUGGGGGGUGGGGGUGGAGGGGGGUGGACAGUUAAGAACGGGAUGGUUAGUUUGUUUUUGUUUAACAACACUACUAGAGCACAUUAAUUAAUAAUCAGCUACAGGUAUUGGAUGUCAAACAUUUGGUAAUUUGGACUAUAUCAUUUAGUCUUAUAGAGGUAACCUGCUACAAUUUCCCAUUAGUAGCAAAGGUUUUUUUUUAUAUAUGUAUACCAUCCCACAAAACGGGAUGGAGCCAAUGCAUUAUAUUCAGAGUUAUACCCCCACUUCUGACACAUAAUAUAUAUAUUUGAAUUAAGUGUCAGUUUAUCAGCCCCUACGACUACAUUAUCCUAUUCUAUCAAAGCAGCUUUGUUUACUUGUCUUGCGGGUCAGAUAUUUCAUAUCUUCAAUUUCUCGAAGUUUGUUCAUGUACCAUCUUCUUUCCACAUUAUUUACAGGCCUUUAUUUAAACCUAGUGAAUAUAUUACUUGUCAGGUUAAAUCAUCGACAUUAUUCAACUGGUUUGGGUUGCUUAUUUUAGAAAAUGUUAGUCUUUUGGUGCUGGGAUCAUAUGAUAUUACAGACAUGGUUUUUGGAUAGAUUCAUUUACAUGUUACUACUAUUCAAAGUAUAUACCCAAAGCUCACUCAAAUACUCUCUCAUCAUUAGUGUAAUUUUCAUGAUUGGAGCACAACAUGUAUGGUUUUGGUUCUUUCAUUGGAUGUUUUUGGGCUAUUGAUGCUGUUUUCUUACAUGAACCUUCAAGAUGUCUCUGCGGAAGAUGUUUAUGGAAACAUAACAAUACAGUUUCAAACCAAUUUAUGAGCCAGUAUUACGGUAUGGUGUUGUCCAUACAUAUGUAAACCUUUUGUUUCCAGAGCAGAUCUUUCUUAUCAAUGCACAUAGGACCAUCAAACCUUGCAUGUAAAUACAAUUUGGGAUGGCAGAAGUGUUGCAUACCAUAACUAGGUCAUCAUGACUUACAUUUGGCAGGCGUAUCAUGUACCUCAACGGGACUCUUGUUAUCGGUUUUACAAUAUGCUAUGUACAGGGUAGUUACAUUAUAUAUGUACACAUCGUCCUCUAAUAAAUAGAAAUCAAGUGAA